AUGGCUCCACAGGACACCACCUUCCUGUGUCUCGGUGAGUUUCCCAUUCCUACCAUAUCUGCUGCCACAAGUCCUGUGGUUCCCUGGAAUGGUUCUGUGAGGAUUCUCUGCCGGGGAAUACCCGAAGCCUUCCUGUAUCAGUUGUCCCUGAUGAAAAACUCCACACAUACAGUCAUCGAGAAGAAAUUAGGAUUGCAGAAGGAGGCUGAAUUCAUCAUUAACCACAUGAAUACAACCAUGGCAGGAGGUUAUCAGUGUCAGUAUAAGACGAAGUACCACUGGUCAGAGCAGAGCAAACCUCUGGAGGUGGUGGUGACAGGCUUAUACGACAAACCUGUCCUCUCCACAGAUCAAAGCCUUGCGCUGAUACCAGGAGAGAACAUUUCUUUCCAGUGCAGUUCAGCACACACCCUGUUCAGCAGAUUUUCACUGGCCAAGGAGGGAGACACUUCAUCGCCACGGCACCAACAUGAAGAGUAUCAAGGCAACUUCAGUCUUGGUCCUGUGAGCGCUGGCUUCUCUGGGAACUACAGGUGCUACGGUUGGCACAGCAGCAGCCCCCAUGUGUGGUCAGCCCCCAGUAAUGCCCUGGAGAUCAUUGUCACAGAUUCCAGCAAGCAAGAUUCCAUGAUGGAGAAUUCAAUCCGGAUGGGUAUGGCAGGGCUGGUCCUUGUGGUUCUCUUGGUGAUACUAGCUGAAGAUUGGAACAGCCACAGGGUAUCACACAAGGAAGACUUUCAGGAAUUGGCUGUACAGAGAUGGAGCAAAUAUCCCAUGGUGAUUGGUGUUGGAGCUCACCCACCACAUCCUGUGCAUCUCCCUCACCCACUGGACUCAGUCCACGCAAAAACACACACAUGGUUCAGCAUUGGUCUCGCCAGUGGUAUGCCGUCCACACUCACUGCCCUACUCUGCCUCCAGCUAUGUCUGAGCCAGAGGAUCAACACAGAAAAACAGAAUCUCCCGAAGCCCAUCAUCUGGGCCCAACCCAGUACCAGGGUCACAAAAGGAACCCCUGUGUACAUCUGGUGCCAGGGGCCGAAGAGUGCCUCUGAGUAUCAACUGUACUUUAGAGGAAGUAUUUGGGCCUUGAAGAGACCAGAGUCACAUAGAUCAAGGAGCAAAGUAAACUUCUUCAUUCCACAAAUGACCUUACACACUGCAGGGGAGUACACUUGCUUCUAUCAAAGUGGGGAGCUUCAAUCAGAACCCAGCGAUCCCCUGGUUCUGGUAGUUACUGGUCUGUAUGACACACCCAAACUCCAGGUUCACCCAGGGCACGAAGUAACCUUGGGGGAGAAUGUGACCUUCUUCUGCCAUCUGGUGGCUGGGACAAGCAAAUUCUUUCUGGUCAAGGAAGGACGAUCCAACCAUGUCCAGCAAAGAUAUGGGAAAGGCCAAGCAGAGUUCCCCAUGGGCCCUAUGACUAGAGCCCACAGGGGGACAUACAGAUGUUUUGGCUCUUACAGUGACUAUACAUGGUCUUUCCCCAACAUAGAGGAAUCUGUCCUCCGUGUUGAUAAAUUGGAUGUUAUGAGAAGAACCCUGAUCUCCAUCUAUUAG